AUGCUUAUCGCCGCACGACUCAACAUCAAACCCUCUUUCUAUCCCAUACGUAACACUCCAGCUGUCAACCUGCUCCGCGAUCAUGUUCCUGGCGUGGACUCCGUUGAGAUACUGGCAAUUGGAUGUGGCGAUGUUCGAAACAUCCUUUUCACCAUAUGGUCUGAACAGCGUCGCGCAUGCAAACUGAACUUCACUGCAUGCGACUUUGACGCUGCUGUUCUAGCUAUCACUCACGAUCCCACCUCCGAACUGAUCGAACGCUUAUGGCGAAUCUACUAUCACUUCUACGUCACCAGUACCGACCUCACAUUCGUCCAGCAGCAUUGCAACCAGCUUGUCACCGCAGCUGAAAGCAUAUCAAAAUGGAACGACUCGUCCUUCGGAUCGUCGUUCAAGUUCUCUGGUGUGGCUUCGUUGUUUGAAGUGAGACGUAUCUGGGCUCUUUACGCUCAGUCAAGGACCACACAGGAAGACGAUGAAGUCAGACAAGCCAUCAAGUCUGUCUACGACCGCAACAAGACGGUGCUGCCAAUAAGUGGUGUGCGACACGCCGGAGCUCAUGGCGCCUCUGGGUUGUUCACACUCGGUGAUGCUUACAAUGCCUUCUGGAGAACUGGUGUCGUGGCCGGCAAUGAUCAAGAUGUAUCCGCUCUUUGUUCAGACAAUGGUGGCAGAGUUAACCCACUGAUGUCUGUUUCGCAAUCUGAUCACUUUGAUGUGUUCAACACCACCGAUCCACUAGUUGGUUUCCAUCUGGCCGAAGUUUUCGAUCGCCCCCAAUCAUCGGACGCGACCACGGACUUUCUCGCACGCCUGGCCAAAUCUCAAUUCUCUGAGUGGUGUCAGAGUUUCGCGUCAUGUGUCGCAUCAAGCUCGGUCAACAUCAUGCACCACUGUGGAGACGCCGUCAACUUCUCUUAUGCUCUGCAAGCCAUUCAGGGCUUUACGUCUCUACCUUCUUCCACAUACUUCUACACCAAGCCGUACAGCGCUGUCCCGCUCGAGCCACCCUCAACGGUAGCCGCCAGUUACGAUGUCAUCGACACCUCAAACGUCAUGAACCAUAUCGGUCUUUUGGCUCUUCUGCCUGCUGUCGUGCCUCUUUUGUCUGAGAGACCUGGUUCUAUCUUGUACACUGAGAAUCUCGUACAAGGAUCGGAAAAGUCUGAAAGACUCUUGGAAACUCUGCUACAUUCAAAUGUCACGAUGUCAUCACUGCUGUUUGGUGUCGCCCCUACUGGUUACAUCUUAGGAGCAACAGCAGACUCUACACUUCUUGAGCAGAUGAGCGAAGUGGAACUAUCUGAUGGAAGCCAGAAGCAAUACCGCAUACGUAUUCCAUGGCAGCGUGCUGCUCAAGGCGAUAGCACGGUACCUGACGUCAAGUCUGCGUCAUAUCGUCUCAACAUGGAACCGCACGAACUCGCAUCUUUCUUCAUGCAGAUAUACCUUGACAUGUUCUGCGAGAAUGAGGAUCUGAGCAUCAGAACCGAAGUCUUGAAGCGCAAGUCGACCCGGCCUCUGGCUGGCGACGUCGAUUAUUAUUCGCGGCUCACGCUAGUAACACUCAUCGCUUCAGCAAAACGUACUAUCUCGACUGACUGGCAAGAGUGUGUGAAUGCUCUCAUGCAGAUGAUUAAGGACGACAAGUCUCUGUACGGAGGCUCGAAAUCACUCGUAGAACUUACACUGCACCUCCACUUGUCCGGUAUACGGCACGUAUCCGGUCUAGAAGAGGGUCCAUCAGGAACGGCCUACGUUAACGAGAUCAAUCCUUCAUGCGCAUAUCAAGUUACUAUGCCCGGAACCGUUCACGUCGCCUUGAUCGUGCCCAGAAGCAGCCUCUCGUGUCUCACACGCUUUCCUGUUGAUCUAGUUGGAACGCCAGGGGUACAUCUUUGGCUGCGCAACACAAAAUUCGAAAUCAGCUUCUUCGCCAUCGAUCUCUUCUUUGGUCACUUUAAAUCAGAGAAUCUCGGAGAAGCGCAUCUGAGCAAUCAAGCAGAAGUCAUUGAAGAUGCUCGUGGUUGGUCGGGUGAUUCUGACUUGAUUGUCACCUGCAAGAUGCCCACGUAUGCAUUGACGCUAGACUCUCGUGAGAACGUGCACAUUGAGCUUGACGUCAACACUUCACGCCCCUUCCUACAACGUGCUGGAGAACCUGGGGUCCGAUUCGGAUACUACAGUGCUACGUUGGACAGCAAGAACGUCCGAGUCCUGACCCAAGCACCCAGCACAAAGCCUAGCCCAGUGCUUGACAUCAACUACGCCUUUACUCCAGAACCACCCGGAUCCGGUUCUGCUGACGUGGCUCUUAACCCUGAUGGUACUGUACUGUCUAUUGGAGUUACCAAUAGGUUUGCGCACGGCUCGGAAGAGAGCCUGACACUGAAGAAUGGUGGCAUAGUAGAAGUUUUACAGAUCUCGCCAUGCGUUCUUGCUGUUUCCAUCGGUAAGCUACAGCAUGCAAGCAAGUUCUUCUUCCCCUUGCCUGUCAACGGAGCUGCGCACAAGAUGAAGAUUGCUCGCAAAUCUUCAUGGAUUGAGAUCAAAGUUCCCACAUCUAACGCUCUCCAGCCUGGAGGCUUCAAUCUGGAUCCUUUCCCAAUCAUCAAUCAGAACAACAGCUUUCUGGCUUGGGGUAUGGGUCGCGUCAAUCCUGACCUCCAGCCAAAGGUCAACACUUCGGCUUCUACUCCCGCCUUCUUACAGUCGCUCUGCGUCAUGUCGAUGAGCAAGAGAGAGCGCGCCCAGAUGGAUGCCAUCAUGAGAAGUAUGUUCUUGCCGCCUAUGAUUCAGCUGAAAGGAAUCAUUCGAGUGUGGUUCUUGACUCACGCCGGGAUUCAUCCCAGCCCCGACGGCGAAGAUAUCAGAUUGUUCACCAUGAUGCGCGAGAUGAGCUCCAACAAGUACAUUCCCGACUGGAUGGUCAUUGCCAAAGCUCUCCGCCAUGAUCGAGACACGGGUUCAGUGUUCUUGGAUGCAUUCUUUGUCCCCUCGACCCCAGCAUUGAUCAAACUCAACCCUUACAAAAAAGUGGUGAAUGGAAGUCCAGUCCAGAAUACCACACUGAACCUUGCAAGCAAGGAGACUAUGGAUCUGUGGCAGCAACUUGUACCAGCCCUUGCUGAACGCUGUCGCUCAUGGGAGCACGUCUCGGACUGCGUUUACAGAACCAAUCCCGGCAAGAAAGUCCUCUGCGACUGUGGACUAGGUAAAGACGCAUCAAGUAUGCCUGAUCCUUACAAGGAAAUCGCCAGUUUCGCCACUCGCAUCGCCAUUCCCAUCCUCUUCGCCGUGCCGUAUGUCGAGGCCGUGGGUGGUCAAGAAGUUAUGAGUGAGCUCGCCGCUGCUUUGAUGCAACAAGUGAAGUUGAGUCAGAAGCAUGGAACAGUCAGCUCCACCAUGGCUGCUGUUAUGAAGGCUCUCGAUCUGGACCAGGAGCCGGAAACUGCUGGCGGUACUGACUGCGACCAUUGUGGAAGCGACAAGCCUGGUCUGAAGGUCUGUGCUCGCUGUGAGAAGGCCAAGUACUGUAAUCGUGCUUGUCAGGAGGCUGCAUGGAAGACCCACAAAAAGGUGUGUAAGCGCUGGUGA